AUGUCGUUUCGUUCGGAGAACGAGAACCCUAACCCAACUCCAACUCCCACUCCGCCGGCGAAGAAGCGGUGGUCGGACAUAUGGGCGAAAUCGAAGCCCCUAAACCAAAUGGUGAUGUCGAUGAAGCUUCACUCCCUCUCUCCUCGCCUCGCUAACAAAGCCAAACCCACACUCUCUCCUUUCCCCGUCAUCUCCGACCGAACCCUUCUCUUCUCCGACGAGCUUCUCCUCAAAAUCCUCGCGCUUAUCUCCGACUCCGCCGCGCAGCGGAACUCAAAUUCUCUGGUCUGCAAGCGCUGGCUCAAUCUCCAAGGCCGUCUCGUCCGCUCCCUCAGAAUCUCCGACUGGAACUUCCUCCUCUCCGGCAGACUCAUCCACCGCUUCCCCAAUCUCAACCAUGUCGAUUUGCUCUCCGCCGCCUUCAUUUCCUCUCGCAGUUCCGCCAUUCUCUUCAGCCACCGCCUCCUCUCCAUGCACCUCGAUUCCAGCCUCUCCCCCAAUUGGUGCUACUGCGAGGAAAACAUGCUCCCGGUUGAAGUCAUCGACAACGGCCUCUCCACUCUGGCUGGCGGCUGCCCUAACUUGCGCCGCCUCCACGUCAUCGGCGCCAGCGAGAUGGGGCUGCUGAGCGUCGCUGAGGAGUGUCCCACUCUGCAGGAACUCGAACUGCAGCGCUGCAGCGACAACGUUUUGCGCGGGAUCGCGGCCUGUACGAAUCUUCAGAUUCUGAAGCUCGUUGGGCAUGUUGAUGGAUUCUACAAUUCAGUGGUUUCUGAUAUUGGGUUGACAAUUCUGGCUCAGGGGUGUAAGAGACUGGUGAAGUUGGAGCUUUGUGGGUGUGAAGGGAGUUUUGAUGGGAUUAAGGCUAUUGGAAAGUGUUGCUUAAUGUUGGAGGAGUUGACGUUUUCUGAUCAUAGGAUGGAUGAUGGAUGGCUUGCUGGUAUCUCUUUUUGUGAGAAUUUGAAGACUUUGAGAUUUCAGUCUUGUAAGAGGAUCGAUCUCAAUCCUGGAAUGGAGGAUUAUUUGGGUUGUUGCCCUGCUCUUGAACGGUUGCAUUUGCAGAAAUGUCAGUUGCGGGAUAAGAAGGGCGCUUCGGCUUUGUUUUCUAUAUGCAGAGCUGUCAGGGAGAUUGUUCUUCAGGACUGUUGGGGAUUAGAUGAUAGCAUCUUCUGUUUUGCAAUGUUGUGCAGGCGGGUAAAGUUGUUUUACUUGGAAGGGUGCUCAUUGCUAACGACGGAAGGUUUAGAGUCUGUAAUUCAUUCGUGGAAGGAGCUUCAGAGCCUUAGAGUAGUGUCAUGUAAGAAUAUAAAGGAUUAUGAGAUCUCUCCUGCGCUCGCAACCUUAUUUACCACUCUCAAGGAGUUGAGAUGGAGCCCUGAUACCAAAUCACUUCUUCCAUCAAGUGUUACGGGGAUAACCAUGGGAAAGAAAGGUGGUAAAUUUUUCAAAAGGGCACGAUGA